AUGAUUUGGAAAAAAAAGUCCACGGGUGGCAUCCCGCUUAGUAAGGCAGUGUUAACUAUUCUACCUGCCCCCAAUUCAUUUCAAGAUUUCUUCUGGGCAUACUACUACCUUGGGCACCUCGCCAUUCUCUCUGCACUGAGAUUGCACAUCGGAUAG